CCGGACUUCCAGCGGAGCAGGCAAGCGAAGAUUUUGCACGUCGACUUGGCAAAAAUCCCAGAUUUGCCAGCUUGUCGCGGUUUGUUGACUUUCAUGACUGCGUCUGCAGCUGUGACAACACUACAGUAGAUGCGGCCGACUCCAGCUGGGCCCCUGCCCGUGCCCGAUGCUGGACACGCUCUUUGGACACGGGAGCUCGACACGGGUGCGCGGCAAUCGCCACAGUAGACGAGAGUGCCGAGGGCUUCCGAUCCCACCGAAUCGCCGGCUUGAUGCCAACGCCACAGUAGAGAAGCAGAGCUGCAGACGCCCCCCCACCAGACCCCGUCGGAGUCUUAAUAGAAAUCGAAGCCGAACAAAAUGCGGUCGCGCAAGGUGCUUUUGGUGAUCGGUUUUCUGGUUACGUGGACAUACGCCACCUACUACCUGCUUCUGCGCAACACGGGUGUCGCUAACACCAGGAACCAGGCGCACCAAUCGUACCGGAUCAACUCGCAGGCCCGUGAGGCGAACCAGAAGAGCCGUGACUUGGCCAGGAACGUUUUUGAAUUUGUCAAAAUCAAGUACAAGGACAAGAGCUUGCCGGCCACAACGCCCCAGAUUAGUAUAGUGGCCGCUGAGAUAUCUGCCGAGCUGCCGGAACAGCUCAUGGCCAAACCUACGCCUGGACGGAUACCAACAAAAACAUAUCUGGCCAAUGGCGACCCCGUCUUCCCCGUCAUAGUCUUCGCCUGCAACAGGGUAUCGGUGAAAAAGUGCCUCGAUAACCUUGUUCAGUACCGGCCCAGCGUCGAGCAGUUCCCCAUAAUUGUCUCACAGGAUUGCGGUGAUGAACCCACAAAGGAAGUGAUUCUCUCGUACGGCAACAAGGUCACCCUAAUCGAGCAGCCCGAUCAGAGCGACAUCAAGGUGCUUCCCAAGGAAAAGAAGUUCAAGGGAUACUAUAAGAUAGCCCGUCACUAUGGCUGGGCGCUCAACACCACGUUCGGGGUUGGCUUCGAGUUUGCGAUCAUCGUCGAGGAUGAUUUGAAUGUGGCGCCGGAUUUCUUUGAAUACUUCCUGGGCACUCAUAAGCUACUGAAGCAGGACCCCAGCCUGUGGUGCGUGUCCGCGUGGAAUGACAACGGGAAGGCAGCGGUAGUGGAUGCGGCGCAACCGGAGCUGCUUUACCGCACCGACUUCUUCCCGGGUCUCGGAUGGAUGCUCACCAAAGACCUGUGGUCCGAACUCUCGGUGAAAUGGCCCAAAUCUUUUUGGGAUGAUUGGAUCCGACACCCAGCUCAGAGGAAAGACCGUGUGUGCAUUAGGCCGGAAAUAUCGCGCACCCGUACGUUUGGAAAAAUAGGCGUAUCCAACGGUCUGUUCUUUGAUAAGUAUCUGAAGCACAUUAAACUCAGUGAGGACUUUGUACAGUUCACGAAAAUCAAUAUGAGCUAUUUGCUGAAGGACAAUUACGAUAAUACGUUCCUGCGCCGAGUUUACACGUACCCCAUUGUCACGUAUGAUGAGCUGCGACGCAAUCUAAUAAGAAUUGAUGGGCCUGUUCGUAUUCAAUAUACUACGCGAGAGCAAUAUAAGCGUAUAACCAAGAUGCUGGGUUUGAUGGACGAUUUUAAGAGUGGCGUUCCUCGAACUGCCUACCACGGUAUCGUUUCCUUCUACUACAAUAAACGCCGUGUGCACUUGGCUCCGAACGCCAACUGGAAGCAGUACGAGCUAUCGUGGAGCUAACGACGCUAAGGCCAUAGGGCCACCAACUCUACUUACACCUCCAUCACACAGCUAGCCCCGUGUGCUUGCAAUACCAAAAAUAGUCCUAUGUGAAUUUUAUUUUGUUUGACCAAUUAGCUAAGUUGUAACUAUGGAAUCUCCUUAAUCGAGCAGCAGCUGCUGCUUGGACGCAACUAAAAUCAAAUCAAAAGAGUCUCCAUUAUGUAUAGUAGUUAACAGAACCAGAGUGCGGCCAGGGCCUAGAGCCUUGUUCCAAUCAAUCAAGCAACGCCAUGAAUUGUAAAUACGUCGGUGUCGUUUUGCUUUUGUUACAGCUCUCUGUUCCCCAGAAUCUACCGUGCUAAAUCGCAAAUAGAUGUAGAGACGGUUAAGUUAUAGUAAUUAGCAUUUAAGUUGGAUCCACUUGAGUUCUAACUGUGUAACUGGCGUGUAAUAUUUGUGAUUUUGAUUAUUUAAUUUACAUUUAUUAAUUGUUGAGAGCCAGUCAGUAAACAGUAAUACCCGACCCACAAUGUAACAUAGAAUAGCAAUAACUAGCGCUAGAACUAUAAAUAGAACUAGAACGAGAACUAGACCAGUGCCGAGCCACGUGGGGUGAUCCAAUAAUCCCAGAAUGGUCUGAAAGUGUGCCACUCUCAGCUAGUUGUAAUGGAAUCAACCCAGACGAGACACAGACUACCCCCUAUGACUACCCUUUGUAUGAGCAAAUUUUUGUGUGACAAGUACGGAAUAUAAAUUCUAAUGAUAACAAA